AUGGUCGUUCUAUACAUUCGGCUAGCAUAUUGUAUUCCUUCGAUUAUUCUCUAUAUCGCAGUUAUUUAUGCAAUAUCCAAAGAAAAACAACGCCUCUUCGGCUCCUUCUACUCGCUGUUGGUCAUUCAAGCAGUUACGAACUUGCUUGUCUUCACCAACAGCUUCUACUCUAUACAGUUGGCUAACGUUACGAAUGAUCAGUGGUGGAGUGUCAUUUACACUGGAGCACCGGAAGCUUUGAUUCGUCUGAGAGACUUUCGUCCAGCGGAUGAUCAGAAGAAGCUUCAAUAA